UUUCGAACUGCAAAGUUGGCUCCUCCGCAGCUGCUGUGGGGGGAGGAAGCUUGCCGCUGAGGCUUUUGCUCCCCGCCUUCCAGCCCCUACUAGCUGGCUCCACGGGGCGAGGGGCUCUGGCUGCAGAGCUCUUUAAUCUUCCCCUGGCACAGACACCCGCUGCUGGGCCCCAAAAAGGAUCAGUCAACCAAGAAGAUGUGGAAGGUGCCUGUUCUGCUCUUGGUUUUGGGAAGCGCGUGGCUCUGCGUCCCAGGAGAAGGAGCCAGCACGGUCCGGCCAGAAGAUGACGUGACACCAGGUGUGGAAGAUGGCAUGGUGACCCUAGGUGCAGAAGACAAAGUGGUGACCACAGGUGCCAGUGCAGAUGCUGAGGAGACUGCUGGCCCAACAGGGCUGGUGCCAACAAAGAUAGAGAGUAUAACGGACUCUCCCAUAGAGGAUCGACCGACUCAAGGGAGCACAGCACAUCCCAAUGAAGAAAGCCAGAGUACCACAACCUUGAGUGUAGUGACCAGUCAAUCCACGGGUGAAGAAACAGAGACAACAGUUGAGAAAGAUGGCUUGGCGACAGUGACCCUGGUUGGCAUUAUAGUCGGAGUCCUACUAGCCAUUGGAUUCAUUGGUGGGAUCAUCAUUCUGAUUGCUCGAAAAAUGUCAGGAAGGUACUCGCCCUAAAGAGCUGAAGAAUUGUGCCCUUCUGCCAACAUGUUAAAAGAGUUUCCGACUUCCCCGUCCUGGAGCAUGUGGGAGAAGAUGACCCAUGGAAAUGCUUGGCGACCCCAACUCCAAAUCCAUGGUGAUCUCUCCGCCUACCCAAAGUAACACAAGGAAAGACAAUGCAAAUGACUUGAUCCUCUGGGCAUUUGCUUUUUGAAAAACUUUUAAAUAUAAAUCUCAUACAAGAUGAUUUAAAGACGAAGUGCAUAGAAAGCGGAGCAAAACGAUGUAAACGGAUUUGUAACUAAGAUGAUAUAAUUUAAUCGAUGUUAGAAAUGAUAAUCAUGUCUUCGUUCUGACCAUUCUCUGUUAUUGUUAAAAUGCAAACAAGUCUGGAAAUAUUUAUACCAAUGGAGCCCUUGGGUUUAAGUGCUAUGUUCGUAAAUGGCGAAAGCAUUUUGCAAUUUCUGAUCUGUUGAAAAGCACGCAUUCCAAGGUAGUUGGUCCAUUUUCAAAUUUCAUGUGAAUAAUCAAGUAGAGAAUCUAACCUCGUAUAACCUGUAAUGAACGACUGCCUUUCACUGGCCCAGGUAACGCAUUUUGAAGGUACCCAUUUUAGAUCAUAAACAGGAAGUCUAUCGUUUGGAGAAGGGAUUUUGUUUCUCGCAGUCAAGUCAUCAGGCAGGUUCCAGGCUUGCUUAUUUAUUGCCUUCUCCAGUGACGACUUGGUGACUCAAAGGUUUGCUCCUACCUGCCGCCUCCUCUUUCCUCAGAUAAGGACCAAGGAGCCGGGGACUCCUGGGGCAGCCUUUUUUUCUUUCCAUGACAUAAGUCCUCCGGAUUGGGAAUAGGGAAGUGUUAGCCUUGGAUGCCACAGAGGCUGCUGGAGGCCCAGUGGUGCCUGAGGCUCAAGAGUUCCAAGAACCACGGUGGUCCCCAAACAGAAGGAAACCCUGUGCCUGCCUCUGGCCUGAGAAACAGAACCUGGCAAUUGUCUAACAUUUACAUCCCGCCUCAGAGGACAGAUGUGAGACACGAGAAGAAUCCUGUAAGGUAGUAAUUUAAAGAAAGCAGGUGGAUUUAAAGGCUUGAUGUAAAAAUAAAAGAGAUUCCUAGUCUUCACGACGCACACCACACACUUCCGGGGAGUCACCGUUGAAAAGACCAUUAAAGUCAAGGAGCUCAAGCUGCCAUUUGGGGUAGGUGCCGUCCAGCUCAGUACAUUUCUUCCUGUAGGUGAGGUGACUCCUUUUCCCCAAACACAGAGUUUUUAUACUGCGCAGAUGGUCUGUCACGAUUGUGGUUGUGCAGGGCGGAUAGCUUUCCCACUUGUGUGAAAAAGGAGACUAGAAAAGCCCAGCCCACGUCCCUCUUUCUGUCAGGAACAUGGGGAUGUUGUGUUAAAAGCAUGCUCUUCUGUUACCCAAGUCCGGCUGGUCCGCCAGCCCAGGGUCUAGAAUCUGCUAAUUCAGAGAAGGGGCUUUCGGGGAUCUUUGAGAGCUGACGUUACCCUCCCUUUCCUUCGCUCAGGUUCCUGAACAGGAAUUGGGGACAAAGUCCGUUUUGCCUUUCCUGCCCUUUCUUUUUUCUGUCACUGUGAACCAUAACCGUCCGCCCCAAGUCACACACUGGACCCGCCGCCUGCUGGGACAGGACUGUGGGUUUCUUGGUCGCAUCUGUGUUGGUGCUCAAUGCAGUGUAGACGUGUUGUAAAAUAAAACUGAUGAUUGCAUGUAA